AAUUCACAUGUAGAUCCUGUUUUAGACACUUGCGCCAUCUCCGCAACUAUCUGCACUCGCCACUUAUUGCACAACUCUUUUGAAAUGCAAGUAAAAGUCGUCAACUUCACAAUUAACAAGGAACAACAUGCAGUUUUUGGGACAUUACUCUCUAAUCGUGAAUUUCUUAGCCUUUAUCUUUCAAGUGCCAUCACUUUUCUAGAUCGUUCCAGUAAACAACGACCACAGGACGUGACUCUACCGCCGAUUUCGCAAAUUCUUGAUACUAUCCCCAGCAGGCCUGCCUCUAGCUCGGAUUUAUCCCUACCGCCUCUACGGGUUGGCCAUGAUCAAGGCUUCCAAGAAGGAAGCCAGCAGUCCGGUCAUAGGAGUAGCAGAGCUUAUGUAACUUCGCCAUUCAAUAAUCCUUCUGGAGUUCUCGAUCUGCAGGACCCUCGAAUGAAGAGGCCCCGCUACGAUCAAUCUGCUCCUGGUGGAUCUUCUUACCCUCCUGUCAACCGAGCAGCCUCAUACAGCACACCUUCUCCAGUUGCAUCACGUUAUCAACCCUCAGGUAUGACAAUGCCUGCGUCGUCUCCAGUCAUACGCACGGAAAGGGUAGAAAAUAGAUACAGCGGCGCACCUUCUUUGAGCUAUGGUCCGAGUCCAUACUCCUAUGUCCCUCCACCUCAACAGCAUGCGCAAAGUUCCUCGUACUAUGCGGCUUCUAGCGGAUCCUCCCGCCCUCCCGCCAUGGAAGAUUCACGCGUAGAACAGCGGUCCCCUGGAUACACCCCCGUAGCUAUGGCCGGACAAGGGUCUCGUCCGGAGGAGGGUCCGUCGAAGGCGAACAAAUACGAGUGUCGCUAUUGCGGGAAGGGAUUCCUUAGGCCGAGCGCUUUGAAGAUACACAUCAUAUCUCAUACAGGUGAUAAAGACUUUGUCUGCCCGGAGGAGAAUUGUGGUCGUCGAUUUGGAGUUCGUAGUAACAUGUUGCGUCACAUUCGCCUCGUGCACCAGAACAACCAUUCGCAUUCGUCGGGGGAAGAGCUUUCAAAAGACGACGAAUGGUCUGAUUAACUGAUGUAACACAAAUAGAUAGAAGAUAGUUACACAGUGCUACUGGGAUG